AUCGCGGGAGGCGGGCUGGAUUUUGCUCCAUUCCGGGCGGGAGGAAAGAGGCGCCGCAGGGAGCUGGUGCUGCAGCCAUGCCUGCUUUCCGGCAGGUUGGAGAGAAGCAGCUUCCUCAAGAAAUAAUUUUCAUGGCCUGGUCUCCUAAGAGGGAUCUGAUCGCCCUUGCAAACAAAGUUGGAGAGGUUUUACUUCACCGACUGGCCAACUUUCAGCGGGUCUGGAGUUUGCCGCCAAGUGAAACCACAGGGAAAGAAGUGACAGCCCUUGCAUGGAGGCCGGAUGGCAAAAUUCUGGCAUUUGGACUCGCUGAUACGAAGAGAGUUAUCCUGUGUGAUGUAGAGAAGCCAGAAAGCCUGCACUCGUUCUCCGUGGAUGCUCCGAUCACUUACAUGCACUGGAUGGAAGUAACAGAAGAAAGCAGUGUUCUCACUUCAUUUUUUCAUGCUGAGGAUGAAUCCAACCUUCUCCUUCCUAAACUGCCUGCUCUACCCAAGAACUUCAGUACCACCGCAAAAAUUUUCAGUGAAGAAAAAUCAGAUGAAAUUAUGAAACUCAUGGGUGAUGUCAGGUUGAAUGCUCUGGUUCUUGGGAGCAACUCUGGCUUCAUUGAGAUUUAUGCUUAUGGCAUGUACAAGAUUGCAACAGUAACUGGGGUGGCUGGUUCUUGUCUUGCCUUAUGCCUCUCAAGUGACUUGAAAUCAUUGUCCGUUAUUACCAAAGUAGAAAUAUCUCCAGAGAGUGAGCCAGAAAUAACAUACUUCCAGUUUGACACCAGUCUACUCUCGUCGUAUUUGCCUGAAGUGACUCGAAUGGCUCGAAAAUUCACACACAUUUCGACUCUCCUGCAGUAUAUCAAGCUGUCGUUGACGUGUAUGUGUGAGGCCUGGGAAGAAAUACUCAUGCAGAUGGAUUCACGGCUGACCAAAUUUGUACAGGAAAAGAACACAACUACAUCCGUGCAAGACGAAUUCAUGCAGCUAUUGUUGUGGGGCAAGGCAAGCCUUGAACUUCAGGGUCUUCUCAUGAGCCAGCUAACAGUAAAAGGCUUAAAAAAACUUGGCCAGUCCAUGGAGUCCUCCUAUUCCAGUAUCCAGAAACUCGUCAUUAGUCAUCUGCAGAGCGGCUCUGAGGCCUUGCUGUACCAUUUGAGUGAAUUGAAAGGAAUGGCGUCGUGGAAACAAAAAUAUGAGUCUCUUGGGUUGGAUGUGACGGGAAUAGAAGAAGCGAUUACCGUCGUGGGCUCCUUCAUCCUGAAAGCAAACGAGCUUCUUCAAGUUAUAGACAGCAGUAUGAAAAACUUCAAAGCUUUUUUCCGAUGGCUGUAUGUGGCUAUGCUAAGAAUGUCGGAAGAGCAUGUCCCUCCAGAGCUGAACAAGAUGACUCAGAAAGACAUCACUUUUGUUGCUGAUUUUCUUACUGAGCACUUCAAUGAGGCCCCUGAACUCUACAACCGUAAAGGGAAAUACUUCAAUGUGGAAAGAGUUGGUCAGUAUUUGAAAGAUGAAGAUGAUGAUCUCGUAUCCCCACCUAACACAGAAGGAAACCAGUGGUUUAACUUCCUUCAAAAUGGCAGCCAUCUGAAAGAAAGCCCUUUAUUGUUUCCAUACUAUCCUCAGAAGUCACUACAUUUUGUAAAACGGCGAAUGGAGGGCAUCAUUGACCAGUGUCUACAAAAGCCAGCUGAUGUGAUUGGGAAAUCUGUACACCAGGCCGUUUGCGUGCCGUUAUACAAAGCAUCAAGAAGUGAGGAUUCAGCACCUCAGCUCUUUAAGUUGCCCUUUUUGUGGAAUGAUAAAACAUCCAAUUUGCAUUACAUUUUGUUUACAAUGUUGGAAAACUCCAUUUCUAAAAUAUAUAUAUUGAGGAGGCAUACAGAUAUUUCAAGGUCUGCUAGUAAUGGACUACUCGCCAUUGAUUUUGGAAGUUUCCUGAACAACAGCAUGAAUGAAAGCUCAGGUGCCAGCUUCUACAGUUGUCUUGAUGCUCACUUCUAUGAUGACGAGACCAUCACUGUCAUCCUUGCAGAGAGUGCCAAGCAGGAAGGGAAGGAGAGAAUUCUGGCCCAGCUGCCGUUAUCAUCUGUAUAUACGAAAGAGACCCAGGAAUUAGAGUUCACCUGGAAUUCUGGCCAAAGGUUGGAUGAGCAAGGUGAUGACAUUCCUACUUGUACCAUCAGCAUAGAGAGUCAGUGGCGAGUUCUGGAGAACAUGAAAGCCCAGUAUGUGGCUGUGAACGGCAUUCGGAAAGUCUCCUGCGUGCUGAGUGCAAACCUCCGGCACGUACGAGUGUUCGAAAUGGAUGUGGAAGACGAUGGAGAAGCCGAAGAGGAAGAGGAGGAUGAAACGGCUCAGCACGCAGGCGUGGAGCAGGGGGAGCUCGACCAGUCUGUAGACAACCCCGACGACAGUGUUUGUGUCACCACUGCAAAACAAGCCGACGAAACGGAAGAACGGGAAUCGAGCCUGGAUACCUGA